AUGUUCUCCCGAAUGAACCCAAGAAACUACCGCUCCCGCUCCGGCAGCAGCCAAUCCCAAUCCGACGAGGAUCCCUCACGCCAAGUCGGCCAGGAGACUUAUCAGGGAGAUUUUGCUACGAUGGAUCCGACUAUGCAGCGACAAAGUGUAUCCUCGAUGGGCGUGGAUGGACGUCGGACGUCGGAGAGUGAGCAGGGUUUACAGCAGGGGAUGAAAGAGGGGAUGCAACAGAUGUCACAGGGUAUGCAGCAGGAGAAGGAAGCUGGGAAGCAGGCAGCGCGACGACCGAGUUGGAUGAAGAAGAUGGCGAAUUUGCCGGAGGAGGUUAAUGAAUUUGGUUGA